AAUUAAUGUCUGAAAAACAAAAUCAACAAAAUCCCAAGAAAGGAGAGCCUUGGAAGCCUAAAGAGAAAUUUGAUAAGAAAGCAAAUAAAGAGAAACAAAAGCAAGAAUAAGAACAGACAGAAGCCAAAUAGGAAUCCAAUAAGACAGUAUAAUAAUAAUAACAAUAACAAUAACAAUAAACUAACCUACAACCGAUUGUUCAAUAAGCAAUACAAUAAUAGUAGACAAUUAAUGAUAAAUAAAUUGUGUAGACAGAGCCAUCAAAAGAGUAAAAUAAACGAAAAGAUUUCCUUUCACAUCUUCCCAUCUUUUAGGAUUACACCUCUGUAAGCAUAAAGACAGUCAAAUAGAUUGAUGUAAUAUAUUGCUUCUACUUUAGCCUUUGACCUUACAUCAUUCUUUUAUUGAGCUUUGCAUUUAAUAUCAAAAUGGAUAGUGCAUAGGGUCUACUCAUAGAUGUGUGGAAUUUCUUAAUGCCUUAAAAUAAUUCAUCAAGGAUUACAAGUUAUCAAAACAGUCAACUUACUUCGCUAUGGCAUUUUUGGAUGAACUAAAGAAAAUCUUCAAUUUGAUGAAAAACUUUAGAACAGUAAAUGAGGGAAUGAGCACAUCCUAUUUAUUCAUAAGGGAAUGCUUGAUGAUCCUAAGAGACACAAAACUUGAUGAAAAUGAAUCAAAAAUUUGGCUCUGCAAUCAGAUUGAUCAAUUCAUACAAUCCAAAAUCAUCUCAGCAUCAGAGUUGAUUGUGAAAAAUGUAUAUUAUAUCGUAUUAAAAUAGGCUACUCAAUUGAUUUAAGAGGGAACAACCAUUUUAGUAUAUGCUAGAUCCUAUUUGAUUGAGAAUUUCAUCAUUAACUAUUUUAAGUAAGGCAAGUAAUUGACUAUCUUCGUCGUCGAUAACCCCUAAUUUGGAGAGGGAUCAUAAUUAGUGAAUCGUUUAUAAUAAUAGGGGAUCUCCUGCUAUUAAAUAUUGUUAUCUCAUGUUAGCUACAUUUUAUCAAAAGUAGAAACAUUGCAAUAUCAUUUAGGUUGAUAAAAUUUUGGUAGGAGCAUCAUCUAUGUUAUGUAAUGGAGCCUUGGUAUCUAGAGUUGGAACCGCCUUGUUGGCAUGUUUGGCAUCAACUCACAAAAUACCAUUUUUAGUAUUUUGUGAAAGUUAUAAAUUCUCAGAAAAGAGUCAGAUUGAUUCAUUGUCAUGGAAUGAAAUAGCGUAAUUAGAAUAGGGAAAUGAAAAUCAAUAAUACACUUCUUUGAGUCUCAGAUAUGAUAUUACAUAAUCCAAUUAUAUUAAUAUGGUAAAGUGCAUAAUUUAAUAUACUAGAUAGUGACAGAGGUUGGAUUGAUACCGGCUACAUCUGUGAAGGCAGUGAUUGGGGAGUUCAAGAAGUACAACUACGUGGAUGCUAUUGAAGUUCCUAGAAAAGAGUAAUGAAAAUGUUAAUA